CGGGCUGGGACGGGCGGAGCGUCCAGAGGCUCCCGAGGCUCCCGCCGCCCCCGCUGCAGGUCCCGCCGCCCGCACACCGGCUCCCCGCCGCCACCGGGCCAGGCACCGGCACCGGCACCAUGUCGGUGGCGGGGCUGAAGAAGCAGUUCUACAAAGCCACCCAGCUGGUCAGCGAGAAGGUCGGAGGGGCCGAAGGGACCAAGUUAGAUGAUGACUUCAAGGAGAUGGAAAAGAAAGUGGACGUGACCAGCAAGGCUGUCACAGAAGUCCUGACCAGAACCAUUGAGUACCUCCAGCCCAACCCAGCUUCCAGAGCCAAGCUCACCAUGCUCAACACCAUGUCCAAGAUCCGCGGGCAGGUGAAGAACCCCGGCUACCCCCAGUCCGAGGGGCUGCUGGGGGAGUGCAUGAUCCGCUAUGGGAAGGAGCUGGGAGAGGAUUCCAACUUUGGGGACGCGCUCCUGGACGCCGGCGAGUCCAUGAAGCGCCUGGCGGAGGUGAAGGACUCGCUGGACAUCGAGGUCAAACAGAACUUCAUUGAUCCCCUGCAGAACCUGUGUGACAAGGACCUGAAGGAGAUCCAGCACCACCUCAAGAAGCUGGAGGGGAGGCGCCUGGACUUCGACUACAAGAAGAAGCGGCAGGGCAAGAUCCCCGACGAGGAGCUGCGCCAGGCCAUGGAGAAGUUUGAGGAGUCCAAGGAAGUGGCAGAGACCAGCAUGCACAACCUCCUGGAGACAGAUAUCGAGCAGGUGAGCCAGCUGUCAGCCCUGGUGGAUGCCCAGCUGGAUUACCACAGGCAGGCCGUGCAGAUCCUGGACGAGCUGGCCGAGAAGCUCAAGCGCAGGAUGAGGGAGGCCUCCUCCCGUCCCAAGAGGGAAUACAAACCCAAGCCCAGGGAGACCUACGACUUCAGGGAGCCUGACCAGUCCAACGGGGGCUUCUCCUGCACCCCCACCCCCAAAGCCUCAGCAGCUUCCACCUCUUUCCGGUCGGACAAGCCGUCCCGGGCCUCCGUCAGGAGUAUCCCCCCCCUGGACCAGCCCUGCUGCAAAGCCCUCUACGACUUCGAGCCCGAGAACGACGGCGAGCUGGGCUUCAAGGAGGGCGACAUCAUCACCCUGACGAACCAGAUCGACGAGAACUGGUACGAGGGGAUGAUCCACGGCCAGUCCGGCUUCUUCCCGCUCAACUACGUGGAAGUGCUGGUCCCGCUACCUCAGUGAGACGGCGCCGCUGCCCCCGAGCGUCCCGAGCUCCAUUCCAGCCCCAGCCCCGCCUCCCGCCUCCCCUCGGGGCCAGGCGCUACCAGGGAACAAACCAGAAGGGUCCCACGGCCCCUUCCCCCUGUCAAUUUGGUUAUUUUCUUUUUUUUUGGUCCUUUUUUUUUUCUUUUUUUUUUUUUUUUUUUUUUUUUGUCCUUCUGGUGCUUGAACUUCGGUACUUUGUGCGCCCCCAGCCCCGGCCGUGCUGCUGGCACUGCCCUGUCCCUGUCCCUGUCCCUGUCCAUUCCCAUCUUCCCUGUGGGUCCAGCGCGUGGGUGAGGCAGGGAGCACAGCCAGGAUGUGUCCUGGCACAGGGGGCACAGCCAGGAUGUGUCCUGGGCACAAGUGGCACAGCCAGGAUGUGUUCUGGGCACAGAGGUGACCUCAGUGGCACAGCCAGGAUGUGUCCUGGGCACAGGGGGCACAGCCAGGAUGUGUCCUGGGCACAGGGGGCAUAGCCAGGAUGUGUCCUGGGCACAGAGGUGACCUCAGUGGCACAGCCAGGAUGUGUCCUGGGCACAGAGGUGACCCCAGUGGCACAGCCAGGAUGUGUCCUGGCACAGGGGGCACAGCCAGGAUGUGUCCUGGGCACAGAGGUGACCCCAGUGGCACAGCCAGGAUGUGUCCUGGGCACAGAGGUGACCCCAGUGGCACAGCCAGGAUGUGUCCUGGGCACAGGGGGCACAGCCAGGAUGUGUUCUGGGCACAGGGGGCACAGCCAGGAUGUGUCCUGGGCACAGAGGUGACCUCAGUGGCACAGCCAGGAUGUGUUCUGGGCACAGGGGGCACAGCCAGGAUGUGUCCUGGGCACAGAGGUGACCUCAGUGGCACAGCCAGGAUGUGUCCUGGGCACAGGGGGCACAGCCAGGAUGUGUCCUGGGCACAGAGGUGACCCCAGUGGCACAGCCAGGAUGUGUCCUGGGCACAGAGGUGACCCCAGUGGCACAGCCAGGAUGUGUCCUGGCACAGGGAUGGCCCCAGGGCAGGGCAGCCCCAGUCCCACCCUCCUGCCCCAGCCAACACCGCCCCUGUCCCCACAAAUCCCAGAGGGAUCAGGGGAGGGGAGCUGGGGAACAGCAACACUAAAACAGCCAGAGAACACUAACACAGCCCUGCAGGGCAGGAGCUGAGCCCUGCCUGGGCUUUGGAGCCAUCCCUGGGGCUCAGAGCCAUCCCUGCCCACCCUGCAGGGACAGCAGGGAUGUCCCCUGCCUGCCUGGCCCCCUCCCCACUGAGCUCAACCCCAUGAUGGGGGGCUGCUCCUUCUGCCCAUGUUUUUUUCAUGGACCUCAGGCUUUUCCUGCUCCACACUCUCCCAAGGCAGUCCCACCUGCAGGAUCACCUGGAAGGGGAGGAACUGGGCCACAGCCCAGGGUAUCUGUGUGAUGGGACAGAGCUUGUGGCUCCUCUGCCCUUCCUGGGAAUCCCUCCUGUGGCUGUGGCUGGAGCUCACCUGGCCCUCAGGUGCCUUCCCUGCACCCCCAGCCACCCUCCCUGCAACUGCUCUGCCCCUGCAUUGCUGGGAGAAGGGAUGGUUCAUCUCAGUGGCACCUCUGCCAGCCCUUCUCCCUCUGCUGUGCUUUCCCUGGCCUGGGCGCGGGCACGGGGUGGGCACGGGGUGGGCAUGGGGGGCUGCAGGGCAGCGUGUGCUGGGCCCUGUGGUUUCUCUUGCUGCAAAAGUGGGUGCUGCCCCUCGUGGGGCUGGGAUGGGCCCUGCUGUGAGCCCCAGCUGUGCAGGGCUGUGCUGCAGCACCCCUGUCCUGCAGCUCUGUGAGCCCCAGCUGUGCAGGGCUGUGCUGCAGCACCCCUGUCCCUGCAGCACCCCUGUCCCUGUCCCUGUCCCUGUCCCUACUGCUCCUGCCCCGUUCUCUGUAAGGAUUUGGUCCGUGCAUGUCCACGUGUGUCUGACCCCCCCCCAGCAGUGACCCCGGCCCCGGGGGGGGCACAGGGCAGCCCCCCCUGCUCCCAGCAGGGCAGGGAGCCCAUGGGACCGGAGCCCUGGGGGCCCUUCCCGCUGUCCCCUCCCCGCUGGGGGACGCUGGCUCCCGCUCAGGUGGAUUGAAAUUGAAAUGCGUUCUGUCAGCUGGGGGACCUCGCUAGGUCUAGUUUUGGGUUUUGUUUUUGUUUUUGGUUUUGUUUUGUUUUUUUUUUUUUUUUAAUGGUUUCUCCUGGUUUUUAGGGGGAAAAAUGAUGACCCACAAUUCUUGACUUGUAUCUCUGAAUGAAAGUAUUAAAUGUUUUCUUCUUUCUAA